AUGCCGGCCCUCCUGCUCCUCGGGACCCUCCUGCUCCUGGCUUCGACCGCUGACCAGGCCAGGGCGCGCCCGUCCAACGCCACGAGCGCGGAGCCCCCGGGUCCGCUGCCCGCCCUGCUGGCGCACCUGCGGCGCCUGACCGGGGCUCUGACGGGAGGCGGGGGCGCGGCGGGUCCCGGCGUCAACGGCACGCGGACCAGCCCCGCGAGCGGGACGGGCGCAGCGGCGCGGGCGCCCCCUCCGGCAGAGCUCUGCCACGGCUACUACGAUGUCAUGGGCCAGUACGAUGCCACCUUCAACUGCAGCACGGGCUCCUACCGCUUCUGCUGCGGCACCUGCCACUAUCGCUUCUGCUGCGAGCACCGCCACAUGCGUCUGGCGCAGGCCUCCUGCUCCAACUACGACACGCCGCGCUGGGCCACCACGCCGCCGCCACUGGCCGGGGGCGCUGGUGGCGCCGGGGGUGCGGGCGGGGGGCCCGGACCCGGCCAGGCCGGGUGGCUGGAAGGGGGCCGGGCAGGGGGCAACGGGGUGCGUGGGGGCGAGGGCCCCGGGGGCAGCACGGCCUACGUAGUGUGCGGGGUCAUCAGCUUCGCCCUGGCCGUAGGCGUCGGAGCCAAAGUGGCCUUCAGCAAGGCGUCCCGUGCGCCCAGGGCGCACCGGGAUAUCAACGUGCCCAGGGCUCUGGUGGACAUUCUGAGGCAUCAGGCGGGACCCGGGACCCGCCCGGACCGGGCACGAAGCAGCUCCUUGACCCCAGGGAUCGGGGGUCCUGACAGUAUGGCCCCGAGGACACCCAAGAACCUCUACAACUCUAUGAAGCCCUCCAAUCUCGACUGGAGGGCCGCCCCACCACCCAGCCCCUCCUUGCAUUACUCUACACUGUCCUGCUCUCGGUCUUUCCACAACCUCUCGCACCUGCCCCCGUCCUACGAGGCCGCUGUGAAAUCCGAACUCAACCGCUACUCCUCCCUCAAGAGGCUGGCCGAGAAGGACCUGGACGAGGCCUACCUGAAGCACUGGCACCUGGGGGAGGUGCCCCGCGGGACGCUGCCCCUGCAUACGUUGCGGCGACCGGGCACCGGGGGCGGCUACCGCAUGGACGGCUGGGGCAGCCCGGAAGAGCUGGGCCUGGCGCCCGCGCCCAACCCCCGGCGGGUCAUGUCCCAGGAGCACCUGCUGGGCAACGGGGGCCGGUCGCGCUACGAGUUCACGCUGCCUCGCGCGCGCCUGGUGUCGCAGGAGCACCUGCUCCUGUCGUCACCCGAGGCCUUGCGCCAGAGCCGCGAGCACCUGCUGUCGCCCCCGCGCAGCCCCGCGCUGCCGCCAGAGCCCACCUCCCGCGCGGGCCUGGCCGCCUCCCACUCUAACCUGCUGCUGGGGCCCGGGGGGCCCCCCACGCCGCUGCACGGGCUGCCCCCGCCGCCCGGCCUGCACGCGCACCACCACCACGGCCUGCACGGCUCUCCGCAGCCCGCCUGGAUGGCGGACGCCGGCGGAGGCGGGGGCACGCUGGCCCGCAGGCCGCCCUUCCAGCGCCAGGGCACGCUGGAGCAGCUGCAGUUCAUCCCUGGCCAUCACCUGCCCCAGCACUUGCGCACCGCCAGCAAGAACGAGGUGACUGUCUGA